GGACCAUCUCUCUUCCCUAUUUAUCUCUCCUCAUCCCUUGUUAGAGGAAAAUCCAAAUUCAGGGAGGAAAAAUAUCUAAGAAGAAUAUACGUAAGCUUCCCAAAUUCUGAAGUAUACGUGUGAUUACAAUCCAACCGAAGACAAAAUGAAUGUUGAAGAGGAGGUUGAAAGACUCAAAGAGGAAAUCAAAAGGCUGGGCAAACUCCAAGAUGAUGGGUCAUACAAGGUCACAUUUGGCGUGCUGUUCAAUGACGAUAGAUGUGCAAACAUCUUUGAAGCCCUUGUUGGAACACUGAGGGCGGCUAAGAAACGCAAGGUUUUGACAUAUGAUGGUGAGUUACUGCUGCAAGGAGUUCAUGAUAACGUGGAAAUACUUCUCAAACCAACGCCAACAGCAACAUCGGCUGAAGCUGUCGCGAAGAGCUGAUAACAUACCAAGGCUGGUGUUUUGGUUUAUGUGCAAGGUAUUACUUAAGUGUCCCAUGUUUCUGUACAUCACUUCAAUGUCAAUCGUUAAUGUUGUUUGGCCAAGGAGCUAGUGACACAAGUGUGCCAAUAAUAUGCAUUUCAAUUUUAGUGCAGCUAAUGGUUUUCCAAUUCAA